AUGGCAUUGAUGCCGUCCCUCGAUGAAAAAUCUGGCAAGACCGAGCUUCUCCCAUCUUCUUCGUCUAACUCACCUCCUCCGAAUUUCGAGGGGAAAAGGUCGAAGUGGAACUACCUUGCUUUCGCUGUCCUUGGGUCUCUUGCCCUUGUCCAGACCGCAAAUCAAGCAGGCUUGUCGGAUACUCUCCUUGCCACGAUCGGAUCAUUCAGGACGGAGGCAUCAAGAGCGGAACUUUGUCCGCAGGAGGGAGCUCUGUAUCCCCACAAGGAGUAUGCGCUGUUCCAGACGUUGACGGAUAGUUAUGGGACAGAAGAGUUCAAGGCAAGGGCCAUAGAUUGGAUUGCGGGGGCAAUUCAGGUUGAAACUGAGUCCUAUGAUGCAAUGGGUGAGGUUGGCGAGGAUCCUCGAUGGGACAAGUUCGCCGACUUCCAUGAUUACUUGGCAAAGGCGUUUCCCUUGACACACGCUACCGCGAAGCUCACGAAAGUCCAUACUUAUGGCUUGGUCUAUCAUUGGCAAGGCUCCGACAGUUCGUUGAAGCCGGCGCUGCUGACUGCUCACCAAGAUGUCGUUCCUGUGCAUCCCGAUACGGUGGACGAAUGGGUUCACCCGCCCUACUCUGGCUACUACGACGGUGAAUACGUCUGGGGUCGAGGAUCCUUGGACGACAAGAGUGGUCUAGUGGGACUGUUGUCGUCCGCAGAAGUGCUUCUCGAGCACUCUUUUAGGCCUGUCCGAACAAUCGUCUUUGCUUUCGGGUUUGACGAAGAAUCGGGCCCUGUUCAUAGCGCUGGUCACCUUAAUGAUUACUUGCUAGCCACAUACGGCAAAGACGGAUUUUCCAUCCUUGUAGACGAAGGAGGAGGAUGGGGUGAAUCGUAUGGGUCUGACAUGGCUAGUGUCGGGAUAGGAGAAAAGGGCUCUAUCAGCGUAAAGUUGCAAGUCGCCUCGCCUGGGGGACACUCCAGCGUCCCACCUCCACACACUAGCAUCGGCAUUCUCGCUGCCCUCCUUGUGACCUACGAAGACAAUCCUUUCCCUGUUCAGCUUGCUCGCGACACGCCCAUAUACGAGACUGUUCAAUGUCUCGCCAUGCAUUCAAAAUCAAUCGACUCAACUCUGCGUAAAUUUAUUAAGGAAUCGACCACGAGCGAUAAGGCGUUGAAGAAAGCGAGCGAGCUACUCGCUGAGAAUAUAAAGAUGAAGAGCCUGAUCAGCACCACGCAGGCAAUCGAUAUCGUCAAUGGUGGAGUAAAGACGAAUGCGUUGCCUGAGCAGGCCUACGCCAUCGUCAACCAUAGGGUCGCCACUGAUAGCUCUAUUGCAGCGACUCAGAAACGCGACACCGAUCUUCUGAUACCCCUCGCCGAACGCUUCAACCUCUCGUUCACAGCAUUCGGGUCUCUCGUUUCAGAAGCAGAUGUCCCAGCCUACGGAAAUCUCGCUCUAACUGGUGGAGGGAUUGACCCCGCACCGGUUUCCCCUAUCGAUGCAGAGCCGUUCAAAGUGUUGAGUGGGUCCAUUCGUGCAGCGUAUAACACACAUAGAGGCAUCGAGGAUGGGGGACCGAAGGACGAGCUCGUUGUGAGUCCCGGGAUCACAACCGGGAAUACUGAUACAAGGCAUUACUGGGGCUUGACGAGGCAUAUCUUCCGCUAUGCGCAUAUGUAUAACGGUAACGCCACGGCUGGAAUACGCACCGGUGUACACACUACCAACGAAGCCGUCCGUGCGGUCGACUUCGUUGAAAGCAUUAGGUAUUACACUGCGUUGAUCAUGAACUUGAACGAAGCGGCAGACCUCUAG